CUGACUUCAUCCGCGUAUUGAUUUCUGUAUCCAUAGCAGAAACUUCUGUCAGCAAAAGUGGUGUUUCUACUUUCAGAAUCAAAAACGAGUGUGUUUUCUAAUCAUGGCAGACUUAGUAACCGACAACAAAGAUGACUAUUUUUACCUUUGAUGCUAAACAUACUGCUGCUUAUAGGAGCCGUACGAAGGAAGAGUGAGACGUUGGAGCAGACAGAAGUGGGGUGAAAGCAAUUUUGACGCUAUAAAUAUGGAACUAAGAGACAAGCUAUUUCGACAUAAAUGGAUUGCCUACCCAAAAUUAACAGGAAACUUUCCCGGCCAGCUGGACCAGACGAACAACUGUCCAUCGAGAGCAUUGUUAAAAUACUUUGGAGGCCCAGAAUCAGCCCAGAGCCAGUCCACAUCCUCAGGCUCAACUAUGAGUGAUGAAUCAGGUCCAUCUCCAUCCUCUACAGUGCUCUCUCACACACCUCCAUCCUCUGUGCCCACUGUCCCCUCCAUGUCUGAAACCACAGCUGAUUUAUCUACAACUUCCACCACAACGUCCCCCUUCAGCUCCGCCAGUUGACCCAGCUGAGUGGCCUUCUUUCAUCUCAGAUUCAGACAGGACUGAGCAGGUGAUCAGAGGACCACUGUCUAUUAAGGAGAACUUUUCAUUCCCCAAACGGCAUGAUGGCCGAAGUUUUCAUUAUCAUUAUACCUACAGACAGCUAGUGAAUGGGGAAAAAGUCAAGCGUAGCUGGCUGACUUAUUCAAGAAGUAAAGAUGCAGUCUAUUGCUUUUGCUGCAAAUUAUUUUCUAAAAAGUCCUUAAAAGUGG